GAGUAACUUAAACAUGACGAAGUGCUUAUUCCUCUUAUCUCUCUGUUUGCUUCCCUUUGUAGUCUUUUCAUCAACUUUCACUUCGGAAAAUCCCAUUAACUUACCCACAGCUACUUCUGCUAAGUUAGUGGUAGACGUGAGCGGUAAAGCACUUGAUCCUCGUGCAAGUUACCGUAUCCUUUCCAUUUGUAGGGGAGCCUUAGGUGGUGAUGUGUACCUAGGCCCCUCCCCAAAAUCAACUUCCCCUUAUAAUUGUCUAGACGACGUGUUUCGUUACAACUCCGAUGUCGGACCUAGUGUUACACCCGUUGAAUUCAUUAAGUCUGAUCAUACCGGACCAGGUAUCUUUGAAAACCAAGACAUUAACAUCAAAUUUUUCACUACAACUACGAGACUGUGUCUUAAUUAUACAACUUGGAAAGUCGGGGACUGCGAUGUAUCUCUAGGGGCGAGAUUGUUGAAGACUGGUGGAACCAUAGGCCAACAAGAUAGUAGCUGGUUCAAGAUAGUGAAAGCAACACAAGGGCCAGGGGGUUACAACUUACUCUACUGUCCAGGCACCUUUGUUUGUCCAUCCUGCCCUGUUGAUCAAUGCCAAACAGUGGGCCAAGUUAUCAAAAAUGGAAAGAGACGUUUGGCUCUCGUGAAAGACCAGCCUCUUGGUGUGCUAUUCCGCAAAGUCUAGUUUACAACGCCUGCU